AUGCUACUCCGAUUGGCUCUGGCCGUUUGCUCCGUUUCCGUGGCCUGGGCUCUUGGCUCACAAGACAAGGACUUCCGGAUUCGAACGAAUCGGAUUUGGGAGGAUGUCCAGCCGCAGGAGAGCCAGGAAGCCGAGCAGGUCAGUCAGUUCUCGGGUCGAUGGCAGGACCUGGCCACGGAUCCGUACGACAACGUCGUCCACUUCGACGGCGAGAAGCAUCUAGCGAACGUGAAGCAGCUCACAUUCGGAGGCGAAAACGCCGAAGGAUACUUCAGCUUCGACAACUCGAAACUGACGCUCCAGGCGACCGGCUACGGAACAGACUGCGAUCAAAUCUACGAGCUCGACCUGAAUAUCAAUCCGAGAGCACAGACUUUGCGAAGAAUCAGUACGGGAUUGGGCGGCACGACGUGCUCGUACUUCUUCAAAGAGGCCGACAAUAACCAUCGUCUGUACGCCGGAAACUGGUGGAAUAUCAAGAUCGCCGUGAGUUUUUCAUAGUGAUGGAUACUUGAAACUUUGAAUUUCCUUGCAGAACACGACGGACGUCUCCAAGACUUGCCCGCAGAAACAGUGCGCCAGUCCGCAGACGGAGGAGCUCAAGCAAUUGUGCAAUACCAGUUACACCUGGGACAUUUUCGAUGACUACGAUAUUUUCAAGGUGACCAUACUGUGAAAGAACGUGAAUAUUUUGGAAAGAUCAGGUUUUUAAGGCUUGUUGCGAACCGGCCCGGGGGUUAAUACUAGAAUUUCAAAAAAUGCUUUUUGAGUCGUGCUGGAAGUAGUCCAAAAGUUCGGCUUUUUGGAUCGGCCUUUUGCUCAGCCCUAAUGCUUUUCAAAUCCCUCAGGUGGACCGAUACGGAAACUUCGUGCAACGUCUGACCUCUUCGGCCGGCUACGACGCGGAAGGCGUCGUGUCGCCAGACGGAACGAAGAUCGCGUUCACGUCCAUCCGCACCGGCGACCUGGAGCUGUUCAUAAUGAACUCAGACGGCACGAACGUCACGCAGAUCACGAACACGCUCGGCUACGACGGCGGCUCUUUCUUCACGCCCGACGGCAAACGGCUCAUUUUCCGGGCGAGCCGACCGAAGACCGACGCCGAGAUCGCCAAGUACAAGAAGCUGCUCAGCUACAAUCUCGUCGAACCGAUCGCGAUGGAACUGUUCAUUGUCGACAUUGACGGCCAGAACAUGCGACAGAUCACUCAUUUGGGAGAGGCCAAUUGGGCGCCGUACAUGCUCAACGACAACAAGAGGAUCAUCUUCAGCAGCAAUUACAACGCGGCCGCGAAUGGGUUUGGCGCCUUCAGUCUUUUCAUGAUCAACGACGACGGCACCGGUCUCGAGCAGAUCACUUUCGGCGAGAAUCAGUUCAACUCGUUCGCGAUGCAGAGCUACGACGGCAAGAAGUUGGUGUGGGGAUCGAGCAGGAACGGGACCAUGUACGAGUUGAAUCUGUUCAUCGCCGAUUGGAUCGAUAAUCCGGAUGCCACGAGCACGAGCAGCAGGGCCCAGCCGUCGACUACAACUCCGCAAAGUGGGUUCUCACCAUUUUUGCCUCUUUCUUUCACUAACAUCUUUUAGCGACCACAAAAUCUGCUGAAUCCGCUGUUUUCUCACUUCUCACACUACUUCUAACCGCAUGCUUUUACUAG